AUGGAGGCAGAGCACCAUGGCUGCAGCAAGAUCCUGAGGCUCCAGGCCGACUGUCUGGAUUUCAAGAAUAAACAGCAGGAGUGGCUCAUCAAAGAACUGGAGAGGGAGCUGUCCAUCCUCCUGAACUUAUACCAGAUCAUGGCAAAGGCCCAGGUGCUUACCAAACAGACAAAUGUCCCUGUGGAAGAGUUACCUUGGACAGAGCUUGGUGCACUCUUGCAUGAGAAUGUUGAAGCCCUGAUCUUGAACUUCCACAAGGCUAACGAGAGGAUAUCUCACCUAGAAUAUAUUUGCAAGCACAAGACUGACAAUAUGAACAACCUUCAGCAGAACCAGGAGGAUGCUUUUGAGAAAAUGUCUGAACAAUUAAAAGCACAGAAACAUUUAUGGCAGAAAGAAAAGCAAUAUCUUGAAGAGCAGUUCUCAAAUCGUCUUGCAGAAAUUCAAGCCAGAACACAGGAAUGUGAAGAAACAGAGCGGAAAAACAGGCAAAAACUGUUUGGCCUUGAAAAAAUCUGCAAGCAACUGGCCCAUGAAAACAGUUCCAUGAAAAAUACCUUAUCAAAUUCUCACAAGGAUUGCUCAUCCCUGCUGGCAGCCUGUGCACUGCUGUCAGGGGCCCUGUGUUCUCUCUACAGCCAACUGUGCGCUAUGUCCUGCCAAAGAUACAUUCUCCAGGAACAGGUGAACCAGCACCAAUUACUGAACCAGAAGAUCAUCAGCCUCCUUUAUGCUCUCCCUGCUGUGGUGGAAAGAAACCAAGAUGAAGGCAGGCUAAGGCAGAGAAGAGCCAAGCACCUGGUUUAUGUGUUCCGAAGAGCUGUGAUUGCAGUUCUGGCUGCUAACAGGCUGAGAGCUCUGGCCCCAUAUUCUUGUACCUUUUUCGUCUGGACAGAUGGAUGCAGAGGAAGCCCUGGAAUUCAAGUUUGUGUGGGAGAAUCCAGAGGCAGGCAUCCUGGGCCGCGUUUUGAAGAGGAAGGAGUUGACUGUAUUGAAGCACUUAACUGGUUGACUAGCUCUAACCUCUAUACUGCAAUAAUCAGCUCCAUCUCAGAACUGGAGGAUGUUCUCAGCAGACAAGAUGUACACUCCUGGCUUUCUGGACACUCACUUAUCAGUGCAGCUGGGAACUGCUUUGCAAAACUGAUGGGCAUGCUGAGUGUACUGCUGGAGACAGUUCAAGGGAACACUCGUGGGUGCAGACCUUACCUGGAGAGGGACUCCCUGAUACAGAGGCUGGCAUAUGGGCUCCACAGAGUAAAUGCCCAGGCCCUGGCAGCGGGAUUGUAUGACAUACUGCCUACCACAAGCCUCUCUAAUGCAACAGAGGAGCUGAGGAGAAGAGACCAAGUUCUGGAUCACCAGAAGAGACUCCUGAAAGACACAGAGCAGGACCAGCAGCGGCUGCAAGACCAGCAGCAGCUGCAAGACCAGCAGCGGCUACAGGACCAGCAGCAGCUACAGGACCAGCAGCAGCUACAGGACCAGCAGCGGCUGCAGGACCAGCAGCGGCUGCAGGACCAGCAGUGGCUGCAAGACCAGCAGCAGCUGCAAGACCAGCAGUGGCUACAGGACCAGCAGCGUCUGCAGGACCAGCAGCAGCUGCAGGACCAGCAGCGGCUGCAGGACCAGCAGCGGCUGCAGGACCAGCAGCGGCUGCAAGACCAGCAGCGGCUGCAGGACCAGCAGCGUCUUCAAGACCAGCAGCAGCUGCAGGACCAGCAGCAGCUACAGGACCAGUGGUGGCGGCAAGACCAGCAGCGGCUGCAAGACCAGCAGCAGCUAGAGGACCAGCAGUAG